CCAAAAAAAGCGGAAUUGGUGAAGAAUGAGAAGGAACCACUUUGGACAGUUUGAAUGAUUCUGGAAGCUUUUAUGGACUCUUUUCUCUUAGCAGCGAUGCGUGUUUCUAACUUUUGAUGCGUAUUUACUGUGGUGUGGAGAAACAGAUGCAACUUCACGUUUGAAUGGACAAAGCUUUUUACCGAUGAAGUUUUUUAAAACUGGAACUACUUUAUGCCGCUGUCGUAGUUCAUCGUUAAGUUUUCCCAACUUGUCCUACCUGUAGUGUUAUUUCGCGCGCGGAACUUUAUUGGCUGUGGACAAGACACGGAUACUUUUUUGUUAGCCUUUGGAAAUUUUGUUUUAUAAAUAGCCCGCAAUACUUUUGUUUUAUAGCAUUUUGAAUAUUUCUAGUACCGUUGUUGGGCUGCUGCUAUCAGCCUCAGAGGAUAUAUGAUGCGGUGGGUAAAGUAUUGGGGGACAGUGGCUGUGCUCUGCGGGCUGCUGAGCUGUGCUGUGAAUGGAUGCCCGCAUAAGUGCAGUUGUUCGGGCUCUCAUGUGGAUUGUCAGGGUCAAGCCUUCAAGACGGUGCCUAGGGGAAUCCCGAGGAAUGCCGAGAGACUGGAUCUGGACAGGAAUAACAUCACCCGGAUCACCAAAGUGGACUUCUCUGGCCUCAAGAACCUGCGCGUGCUACAUCUAGAGAACAAUCAAAUAAGUGUGAUUGAAAGAGGAGCAUUUGAGGGUCUCAAACAACUUGAGAGAAU